CUUCAAACUUUCCUCUACAUUGACGUCCAACUUACAGUGCAAGCCUCUGCGACACCUAGUCAAGAAUACAAUGGCUUUCCAAGAGGAACUGGAGCGUCUGUACUCGCCUAGUCAAUGGAAUAAGCGCACCACUCCUGAUGAAGUGAUCAGACUUCAUAUGAAAGUGGCGCUGGAAGGAACUCAGUCAGCACGACAGAAUUGCAAGUGUGAGAUGAAUACACGAUAUGGCGACAACCAACGAACGUACGACGUUUACUACCCAGAAACAGUUGACGAUGCUACUCCUGUGUUUAUAUACAUUCACGGUGGAUACUGGCAAAUGUUGAGCAAAGACUAUGGUGGUUUUAUGGCUGAGACGUUUACUAGAGCUGGUUGUAUUGUAGUUGGGAUGGGAUAUCCUAUUGCACCUGGACCACUCAUGUCUGACAUAGUUGAUGCCAUAAAAGUAGGUAUUGCUGCAGUUCGCCUCCAGUUUAGCAAACAACGAAUUUAUAUUUGUGGUCAUUCAGCUGGUGCACAUCUUGCUGCCAUGGUGUUAAGCACUUCUGUCUCUUCAGGUUGUCGUUCAAAGUUAGCAGGUGCCUUUCUUGUGAGUGGUGUGUAUGACUUGGUACCAUUGGUUAAUAUAUCAGUCAACGAUCCUCUUCAUAUGACGGAUGAUGAAGCAAGGCAAUGCAGUCCGCAGUAUCAUGUUGCUACAUUUCAAACCGACUGCAACGUGUUAGUUGUCGUAGCAGAAAAUGAGUCUCCCGCUUUCAAACAGCAAUCACAAACAUAUACACAGUCUCUUCAGUCUUCUGGUGUAUCCUGUAGAGAAUUGCUUGAAAUAGAGGAAGUCGAUCACUUCAAUGUGGCAGAAAGACUGUCCGAUCCUCAUUUUGAGCUCACCCAGACGAUUCUGUCAAUGAUGGGGAUGCAGACUAGCUUGUGAAGAAAGUGCGGGCCUUUAUGUUUGAAUACAAUUUGUUAUCUGUUUUUCAUUUGUUUGUUGUUAUUGAUUGUGAUAUUUAAAUAUACAAAACUGAUGAUAUUAAUAAUGGGCACUCAAUAGGUCUGUAUUUCCAAGAUACAAUGACGUAUACUAACAAUGCUGU